AUGAAGGUCCAAAAAUUAUUCGUGGCGGCAACUUAUGUCUGUCAAGUACAACGGGCGAUGAAAGCCGUUCAGCCAGGAGUUUUGAAACACCUGAACGUGCAUUUCUUCGUUACACAUAUGAGAGUACCUAAACUUGACGUGUCAAUUGACGAAUUGUUCAAGUUGCAGCAGUGGAAGCAACUAGAGGAAUUUGUGAUGGAUCAGGGAUCCAUUGAAUCCAGUUGUUUUCCUUUCUUGGCUCAUCUCAAGAUAUCAGAGGUCAGUGGCGAUCCCGCAGCAGUUGAUCUUGUUCGUCUCCGUGAUGCCCUGUUGACAUCGGAAACCUUUCAAAUUCUGAAAAUAGAUGCACAUUACAUUGGUUUAUAUGAAAAUUACUGUGCUUUUAAUGUACUAGGUGGAAAAAAUCUUGUUUCUGAUUCUGAGACUAAAGAGUUCAUAAAUCAAAUACCGAACGGUGGAGAAAUAUUGGUUAAGUGUAGUAAAAAAUGUGUGAUUUUUAUCGGAAAUGUUAGAAAUACAAAUUAA